AGGCUGCCAUAGUUUCAAAAGGCACGGGAGAAAUACAGCGUAGGCGAAUCGUAGGAGUCAUAGUUUUUGCUCAGCAGUACGCUAUCAGUUUCACCUUGAAGUAAUACUGUAUCGAAUUGUGACUGUGAGUAAGUUUGCUUGAUACCGAAGGCUAGCGACGUCCACACGCAAUUACCAGUACCGUAUACGAGCACUUCCCCUAGUACUCGGUGGAAAAAGUAGGUACAUGUUUGCGACAGAAAUUUUUCACGACCCGCAGAGAGAAAAGCACCGGAUUAACAACGAAAACGGGAAGGACAUCAUCCACAGCAGCACUAGUCCACCGAAACUUCGACCCUUACUUCCGGUUCCAGCCUAGUACCCGCGAUAAUGCCACGAAUAACGCUCGAACUUGUGCAGUUCUCCGCGCAGGGAAUCAAUGCGGCCAAGCAGCGACAGUUGUCCAUGCGAGGGUAUAACACAGAUUGUCAUGCUCCUGCAACAUGAUUCUGAUUCACUAACUUGUGAAAAUUGCGAGUGCACCUGCCCCGGAUAGCAUGCUUGUUGAUUUUCAUAUCACGACGUCGUCGACCGGCACGAUAAGGAACAAGAUUUGCUUUGCAAUACAAAUGCCCAUCUUAUUUUCAUUCUAAAACUAAACAGGAAGCACAUCGAAGUGCUGGAGAACUUGGGGUGUACACGAGACCACUACGAGUGCCUCGACAUGUCCGAUAACCAGAUAAUGAAAAUCAACAAAUUCCCACCACUUACGAAGAUCAAGACUCUGCUCUUCUCCGGAAAUCACAUCCAGAGAAUCGUUCCCGAUGCAUUUGACGGUAAAUAAAAUGCGAUAUAUUUUUUUUCGUCAAGAUGAAAGAGGCAUUCUUUUUCCUGUGCCAUCCUGAACUCAGCCAAAGCUUGAAAUCGUCUUUGACCUAGUGCAUUUUUGGGUAGUUCCGAAUGUAGUUCCCUCUGUUUUUUUAUCCGCAUCUGCUCCUGUCGUAAUUUUUGAGAUCUAAAAUAAACCCGGAUGAAUAAACUACAGAACUUCCUAAUCUGGAGUCGAUCGUGCUGACGAGGAACAGGAUCAAGAACCUCGUUGACCUCCUUCCGCUGGCGAAGUGCAAGAAGCUAGAGAGAAUCACGCUAAAGGAAAACGACAUCUGCGUGCACGAACAUUACAAAAUGUUCGUGGUAUACCUGCUGAGGAACACCAACCUCAGAAUAUUUGACUUCCAAAAGAUCGGGGACAAGGUACUACUUGAUCGGAGGUUUUUUCUGCCUGGUGUGAUGCCGUGUGUGAUUUUGACAGAUUCAACAGACCGCGUUGAUUUAUUUUCCACUUGAUUACUAUAUGGAAUAUGAAGAUGCAUCGUUUUUGAGAUGAUCAAGCAACCUCAUUUGCACCAUACCCGCCACAGGAACGCGAGAAAGCCAUCGAACUGUUCGAAAAAGAGCAACCCGGGCUGUUCGAACAGCUCGCCCCAGUGCGGCUCAGCAGGGAAGAGGAAGCGGCGGAGAGGAGAAGUAAACUCACUGAAGCGCAGCAGCAGCGCUACUUUAAGUUGAUCCAAUCCGCCCCGGACGCGCAGCACAUUCAGGUCCUGCAAGAGAAAUUUGACAGAGGCGAGGCGCCACCGGAGUCCUUCGAAGACAUGAAGCUCGAAGUGGUUUCAUGAUGGUAGAGGAUGGCCGCAUUUUCACAGACGCAAAUGCGGACUUUUUGGUCUGAGCGAUGAUCUACGCACAUGUAGAAGUAGAAGGCUUCUACUAGUAUAAAUCCAAGAUUCAACAAUAAUAUAUAUAUAACGUGAUAGGUAUAUUAUCACUGCUGACGUCUAGGUCUAGCAGGAUCCAAUGCUUGCGUUUGCCGCUCCUCCCGUUGUCCUCGUGUUCCAUCUUUGGAGACACUCCGACGCGUCGUGGAGAAACG